AUGCCGUCGCAUCCAUUGUCCCCGCAAGAGGUUCAGGCAGACACCACGUCAGUCACGAACGUCCGUGUUGUGGUGCACACCCUUGGUGCGGCUGGUCCAAACACCAGCGAUAAUCAUUGGUCAAUUUACUUGCUUCAUCCUGAUGGGGUGUCGUCAACUCGCAUCAACAUGAGGGCCGAGUUUGAUGAUCCGACAGGGAUCCUUGAGUGGACCAAACACGCCUACAUCCAAACUACAUCUGCGAUCAAGUUUUGGGACUUUCCAGUUGCGGCAGGAAUCAAUGUAUUAUACUUCGCACGUCUCAUCUAUACGCUUCGUCGUGAUAGAUAUGAAAUGUCCGGGGGGGGGGGUCGGGUUGCCGGUGGUGGGUAUUUGGCCUGA